AGUAAGAAGAAUCGGAUCUGGUUUGUCCAAGAAAACCUAAAGUAAUCUCCCCCGGUUCUCAACUUCUCAUCGUCGUCAAGGAAACAAGGUUCAAGACAAGAAGGCUUAGGGUUUUAGCUCUCGUCAAGUUAGUUCCUUUCGCCUUUGCAGACACUUAGAGCGAAAGAUAGAAGAUGAGUUCCAAAGUUUCCGUGUCGCCCACAAGCCUCAUCGAUCAGAUUGUCGUUCCAGGUGAUGUUGUUCUUGAUUUGUCAAACAUGACUAACCAGACUAUCAAGCUCGGCAGUGGCCUCCGUCAGGAUAGUGAUGCUAUCUCUGCAAUGAGAGCUGGGAAGUUUAGUUACUCCAAGCCAAAUAAGUAUUGGGUCGAGAGUUCUCAUAAACGGUACAUUCCUCGCACUGAGGAUCAUGUUCUUGGAAUUGUGGUGGAUUAUAAAGCAGAUAAUUUUUGGGUGGACAUAAAAGGUCCUCAGAUAGCGCUUUUGCCAGGUCUUGCAUUCGAAGGAGCGACACGAAGAAGCAUUCCCAAGUUUGAGGUAGGCACUCUGCUUUAUCUUCGAGUUGUUAAAACAAACAUAGGAAUGAACCCUGAGCUGUCUGGUACCGACGCAAGUGGCAAAGCUUCAGUAUUUGGACCCUUAAAAGAUGGUUUCAUGUUUGAAACUUCAACUGGUCUUUCAAGAAUGUUGUUGAGUUCACCAACGUGCCCAGUACUCGAAGCUCUUGGAAAGAAACUCUCUUUCGAGAUCGCCACUGGCUUAAACGGCAGAGUGUGGGUAAAUGCAGCUGCUCCACGUUCAGUGAUUAUCGUAGCCAACGCGAUAAUGAACUCUGAAACCUUAAGCGCGACUCAGCAGAGAAUCAUGGUUGAGAAAUUGCUUGCAAAAAUCUCAGACUAAAAAAAAUGUUGACAAUAACAACGUUUACUGUUCCUUGAAAUGUAACUGCUGGAUGCUCUUUCAGCAGAUAUUAUUGGAUUAGACUAUCAAUGUGUUAACUGUUUCACCUAAACUUAGGUAUCUUGUUCA